AUGACUUUGCAGCAUGGUUUGCAGCAGCACACAGUUUUACGUACACAACAGCAUGGGCCACAGCAGCAAUCACAGCAGCAUGGAUCACAACAAGAGCAACAACAAGGGUCACAACAGCAUGGAUCACAGCAUGAACUACAACACGAACCGCAACCACAUCCACAACCACAUCCACAUCCGCAACCGCAUCCGCAACCGCAUCCACAACCACAGCCUGGCAUAUUAAUAGUAAUAAUAUAG